AUGACUUUACAAUUUGAAAUAUAUAUUUGUUUUGUUAUUGUAGCAUCCGUUGAUUCGACGGCACAAACCAGACAUGCAAACGGAGGUGAUUGGCAAGAGGAAGUCUACCAAAAGAUCAAAGGCAUGAAGGAAAUGUACUUGCCUGAACUAAAUGAAAUGUACCAGAAAAUUGCCACAAAGUUACAGCAGCAUGAUUCUCUUCCACAACAACCCAAGUCAGAGCAGCUCGAGAAGCUGAAAAUAUUUAAGACCAUGUUAGAGCGCAUAAUAUCAUUCUUACAGGUUUCAAAAAAUAAUAUUUUGCCUGGUUUUAAGGAGAAAUUGAGUUCCUAUGAGAAGCAGAUUAUAAAUUUUAUAAACACCAAUAGACCCAGGAAGCCCCUUCAACAAGGACAACUUCCCCAGCCUCAUAUCCAGCAACCACAAUCUCAAGUUACUCAAGUGCAGUCUCAUGAAAAUCAAAUGAACCCCCAAAUGCAAUCAAUGAAUUUGCAAGGGUCUAUGCCAACAAUGCAGCAGAACAAUAUGUCAAGUUUGCAGCAUAAUUCUGUGUCUUCUUUAUCGGGUUCUGCAUCACAGCAAAACAUGAUGAAUUCCCUGCAGCCAGCUUCCAAUUUAGAUUCAGGCCAAGGAAAUGCAAUGAGCUCAUUGCAGCAUGCAGCAGUAGGCUCUCUCCAACAGAUUCCUGUGAGCACUACCCAACAGGCCAAUAUUAACAAUUUUUCAUCACAGAGUGGGGUAAAUAUGUUGCAGCCAAAUGUUCCCCUUCAGUCGAAUCCCAAUAUGCUUCAACAUCGGCAUCUGAAACAACAAGAACUGCUGCAGACUUAGCAGCUGAAACAACAAUUUCAACAGCGCCAACAGUUAAUGCAGAAGCAGCAGUUACUACAGCAGCAGCAGGCAAAGCAGCAGUUGCCUGCACAAAUGCAGGUACACCAAAUGCCACAGUUACAUCAGAUGAAUGAUGUCAAUGAGCUUAAGAUCAGACAAGGGAUGGGUGUUAAGCCGGGUGUCUGUCAGCAACAUCUCUCCGCACGUCAGCGCACAGCUUAUCCCCAUCAACAGAUGAAAUCAGGAUCUUCAUCUCCUAUUUCUUCACCUCAGCUGCUUCAGGCUGCUUCCCCUCAGUUAUCGCAGCACUCUUCUCCUCAAGUUGAUCAGCAAAAUCUGUUGUCAUCUCUAACAAAAACAGGAACCCCUUUGCAGUCUGCUAAUUCUCCUUUUGUUGUACCAUCUCCUUCAACUCCUUUAGCCCCAUCCCCUAUGCCAGGUGAUUUUGAGAAACCAGUAUCUGGUAUUUCCUCACUUUCAAAUGCUGGAAAUAUUGGACAGCAACAAAUUGGUGCUCAAGCACCAGCUCCAUCCCUUGCAAUUGGCACUCCUGGGAUAUCGGCCUCACCUUUGCUUGCAGAGUUUACCGGUUCUGAUGGCGCACAUGGAAAUGCUUUAACUACUGCUUCUGGCAAGUCAAGUGUCACAGAGCAACCUCUUGAGCGCUUGAUUAAAGCGGUUAAGUCUAUGUCCCCUAAAGCACUGAGUGCCUCUGUCACUGACAUUGGCUCAGUUGUCAGUAUGAUUGACAGAAUUGCAGGAUCAGCCCCAGGUAAUGGAUCUAGAGCUGCAGUGGGUGAGGAUUUGGUAGCAAUGACAAAUUGUCGGCUUCAGGCAAGAAAUCUUACCAUCCAAGAUGGAAUGACUGGGACAAGGAAAAUGAGGCGAUAUACAAGUGCCAUGCCCUUGAAUAUUGGAUCAUCAGCUAGUAGCAUAAGUGACAGUUUCAAGCAGUUGAAUGGUCCAGAGACAUCUGAUUUGGAGUCUACUGCAACAUCAAGUGUCAAGAGGCCAAAAAUUGAGGCUAAUCAUGUUCUUUUGGAAGAGAUACGGGAAAUAAAUCAACGACUUAUAGAAACUGUGGUUGAUAUUAGUGAGGAAGAUGUUGAUCCAACUGCUGCAGCUUCUGCUACAGAAGGGGCUGAAGGAACCAUUGUUAAGUGUUCUUUCAGUGCUGUAGCUCUUAGUCCAAACUUGAAAUCACAGUACACUUCAGCACAAAUGUCACCAAUUCAGCCCCUUAGAUUGCUCGUGCCUACAAAUUAUCCUAAUUGCUCCCCAAUACUAUUGGACAAGUUACCAGUUGAAAUCAGUAAGGAAUACAAGGAUCUUUCAGCGAAGGCUAAGUCAAGGUUUAGCAUUUCUCUCCGUAGCCUUUCACAACCCAUGUCACUUGGGGAAAUUGCAAGGACAUGGGAUGUUUGUGCCCGGGCAGUUAUUUCCGAGCAUGCCCAGCAGAGUGGUGGAGGAAGCUUCAGCUCAAAAUAUGGAACAUGGGAAAACUGCUUGAGCGCAGCAUGAUUCCUUUUUAAAAGCUAAAGAAGCUGUCAAUGUGAUUAUUUUGCUGCUGCUGCCAUGAUGACCAAACAAGCAGUUUUGCAAGUAUAGACGAUCAUCCUGAAGACUCCUGGAGCAUUUCCUAAAUGUGUGUAAAUAUAUAUAUAUAUAUAUAUGCUGGAAUAAUCUUUAUAUGUUGUUUUUAAUAUGAUAAGUUCUAUUUUGAAUGGAUUGAAAGGAUUGUUUAACCAAACAGUAUAUUUGUCGCCUGAUUAACGCUGAAUCAACUGUUAAGGCAAUUGAGAAA